CUUAAACAAGUAUGGACAAGUCGAAGCGCGAACGCGGCCCGGGGGCCGCAUGGCCCGCUAUCUUCGCUGUUUCGGGCAUUAUAGCUCUGCUAUGCGUUCUAGUUUACCAGAACACCCAAGUUAUUGAGCUCCUCAAGGGAGAAGUAGCAGGCGGUUCAGCCGUUGCGACCGCGCAACCCUCUCGAUCGCUGGUCGCAAAGUCGAGCUCGGGCGCUGCGAGUGCAGGCGCAGCGAGCUUCUUUGUGGCUCCUCGCACGCGCAAUGAGCUCGGAUACAUGCUAGAGACGAUGGGCCUGCGCGUUGGCGUGGAGCUUGGCGUCCAGCGCGGGCAUUUCGCAGCGCACACUCUUAAAACAUGGCCAUCUGCAACGCGGUACUACCUGGUAGACAUCUGGCAGCACCAGCCCAACUACGAGGACUUCGCCAACGUGGACAACGCCAAGCAGGACCAGCUGUUCAAGGAAGCGCAGGGCAACCUGGCCGCUUACACCGGCAAGACCGUGUUCCUGCGCAACUUCACCAGCGACGCCGUCAAGCGCAUCAACGAGAUGGUUGACUACAUUUAUGUAGACGCGCGCCACGACUACUGCGGCGUGCUGGAGGACAUCGAGCUCUACUGGCCAAAGCUCAAGAGCGGCGGCAUCAUGGCCGGCCACGACUACCUGGACGCACCCCAGGUGCAGGCCAUCAGCCAGCAGAACUGGGCCAAGUGCAUGAACGGCACCGUCCACCAGGGCGCGGUCAAGGGCGCGGUGGACGAUUUCUUCAAGCGCAUCGGGCUGCCCGUGCACGUCACGUACCAGGACGCCCCGUGGUCUACAUGGGUCGUGCUGAAGCCGUGAAUAGCAAUUUGCGUCCGACUGACAGUAGUACAAAGGGAGAGGAUGUUGGACGUGUAAGGCAGCUGCUGCGUAUAUGGUGUGUGUGAUCCAAGCUUGCUCUGAAGGAAGGUGCGGAGCAUGAGUAUUUUUAGGCUGGGGCCCCGGAGCGCAGCGAUGCAGGGGGGGCGAAGCCCCCCACUGCGCAUUGUGGGCUUCGAGAGCGCAGCGCCGCCCAAGAAGCAACGCAAGUGUGCAGGCUGAGGAACCGGCCGGUGUCUACGUAGCGGUCCACAGUAGGGCGAGCAGGGCAUGUACGGCAGGCAGCAGCGGCAUGGCAAGUAGUGUGACUGUUGACAACUGUGCUGCGUCUGGCUGCGUCUGGCUCUGCUGUGGCGCCACGAGUGCUGGGCAUAUCACCUGGUUGGCUAUGUGCCUGUGGAAACCGACCCCGGUUAUGUCCGGGCGAUGAGGAUGUUCAUCCUCAGACUCUAGAGGGGCUCGGCCCCUUGUCCUGUGACUGGGGAACAACACGUGUUCCUUUGUAGCGGGCCUGGCUCCAUGACGGCGCUACUGGGUGUGAUGGAUCAAGUAAGCCAAGUGGGCUGGAGUGUGACAAGCAAGACAAGUAACACUGGCUCAGGCAUGGUACCAUGCAGCUGAAUGUAAGGGUGUUUGCGA